UGUGAAUACCUGAAUGGCACAAACAUGAAGAGUUUAAAAGCAAAGUUUCGAAAAAGCGAUACUAAUGAGUGGAACAAGAAUGACGAACGUCUGCUACAAGCUGUGGAUCAUGGGGAAACGGACAAAGUGUCUGCUCUUCUGGGGAAGAAAGGAGUGGUGGCCACCAAGAUGGACAGCGAAGGAAAAACAGCCUUUCACCUCGCUGCUACAAAAGGGAAUGCAGACUGUCUCAAGGUUAUGUUGACACACGGGACGGAUGUCUGUGCUCAGGAUCUAUCAGGUCACACUGCUCUGCACUUGUCAGUGAAACAUAACCACAUAGAGUGCGUCAAAAGGCUUCUCCAGUCUAAAUGUCCUACGGAAUGCAUGGACAACGGCGGGAGGACAUGUGUGCAUUAUGCAGCUGCUAAUGGCAAUCUUCCAAUGCUGCAAGUCUUGUGCGAAAACAAAUGCCUUCUGACCGUCAAAGAUUCGGAUGGGAACACUCCUCUGCUUAUCUCAGUGCAGUAUGGUCACUUAGAAGCCUGCAAGUGUCUCUUGGAUCAUAAGGCUGAUGUAAACCUCACAGACAAGAAUGGGAAGUCUCCUCUGAUGUUGGCGUGUGAAGCCGGACAGUUCAAUAUGGUGGAUCUUUUGGUGCAUAGAGGAGCCAGUCUGACACCAACAGAUGCCUUGGGCCAUGAUGUCCUUCACUAUGCCAAAAUGUCGGCAAAUCCUCAAAUCCUUACCCUUCUCCUAUCCAAAAUGAGCCAUGAGACUGCACUAAGAAGCCCAGCCAAGCCACAGCAUGAUCAAGCGAAUAGAUUAAGCUCAGAAAGAAGCGGAACUCCCAAAAAACGCAAAGCUCCGCCUCCUCCUAUCAGCCCUAUCCAGCUCAGUGACAUGCCCUCUCCGUUAUCUUCAACGUCAACUCCACUCUCAGCCAAAGGAGAAAUCUUCUUCUCAGAAAAGGGCAGCAAGGAUGAAAAUACACCUUACAGGAGAGAACUCAGAGACAGACUGAGCGACAGCACAGGGGAAGACAGUCUUCUUGAUGUAAGUUCAGAAGCGGAGCAGCAAGAUACUCUAUCACUACUCCAAGCAAAAGUGGCUUCCCUGACUUUGCUAAACAAGGAACUGCAAGACAGGUUACAGGAAAAAGCCUAUGCUGGAGCUUUAACAGAUAUUAGUGAUUCGUUUCACUCUACCCAAGCGGAGUUAUCUUUUGCCAAAGAUAAAGAAGCAAAGUCACCAGCCGUCAUUUCCGAUAACUCUGACAUUUCCUUUGAUUCCCAACCAGAGGGGACAAAAUAUGAACUGAAAAUGAAGCAGCUUGAGCAAACGAUAGAAGAAAUGCAGAUGAAACUUGAGGAGUCGGAAACGAUCAGAAGGGACCUGGAAACUCAUAUCCAGUCAAUGCCUGCAGGCUGCCAUGCAUCGCUUAGUACAGAGACCUCAGAAGCACCUUCUGAUACAGACCUUCAACCUCAGGGAUCACGCAAUGAACAAAAAGACGACACAGCACUAAAGCCAAAUCUUCAAAGGAUGUCAAGGGUUGAGCAAGACUUUGAAGAAGAAGAAGGCAUUGGAAAAUCAAAUGAUGACAAUGCCAUGGUUCUGGAGGAGUUUGAAGUGCUAAAGAGAGAGUAUCAGGAGGUUCUAGCUGAAAGCGAAAGGAAAGAAAAUGAGAUGAACGACUUGCGACACCAAAUAGACAUUGUAACACAAGGCAUUGUCAAUCUGGUGCCCAUAGAAAGACAAGAGGAGAUGGAGAAAUCCUACUGUGCAGUGAUCGAAAAAUUAAACAUAGAGAAUUCUGAACUUACAAGUAAGCAGGGAGAGCUUCUGGAAGAAAUAAAGAGUUUAAGGAAAGAGUUAGAAAGUCAGAAGGAGUCCGUACUUUUGGAGAAUGGACACGAAGAGGAAGAUAGGUCUACUAUGAUAGAUGAGUUGACCAAACAAGUGAGUGAGCUGUCUUUGUUGUACAGUGAAGCACAAACAGAACUAGAAAAGACAAGGCAAGCUUCCAAUCAUAUCUCAUCUGACUUCAUUCAUAAGGAUGAGCAUGUGAAGCUCUUGCAAGAGGUUGAAGAAAGCAAAGAGAAAGUUGAGAAUGACCUGGUGGAUUUAGCAUCGCAGCAUGCCAGAAUAUUAGAGGAAUUGUGUGUGUUGAAGCAGCAGCUGGACAAGGAAAAGAAACACACCACAGAUUCAGAGCUAGAGAAGGUUAUUGAUGAUUUGAAGAAACAGAUUGAAACCCUGAAAUUGGAGAAGAAUGGACUGAUGGAGCAGCUUGCUUCUCAAGAGUCCAGAAUGAAGAGCUUAGAAGGUGAAUUGCAGCAAGAAAAGGUGACUGUCCAGGAAUCAGCUGUAACUAAAAGGCUACUGGCAGAAAGACAAGUUUCUUUAGAAGAGGAAAUAAGCAUGUUGUCUUCACGAGUAGGUGAUAUGUUGAAGGAAAAAGACAAGUUCUCUGCAGACAAUGGACAGGCUCGAAGGGACAUUAAGCAGUUAAAGGAAGGAAAAGAAGUACUGGAAGGCCAGCUUAAAUUGAAAGAACAGAAAAUUGAUGAACUCUGUAUGAAAUAUGAAAAAGUUCAGGAAGAUCUGGUGGAAAUGAAGAAGCUGUCUGAAAAUACUUCGAAAGUAGAGGAAGACAAAGAUAAGAAGAUUAGUGAGCUCUCAAAGGAGGUGAGCAAACUGAAAGAUGCACUGAACAGCCUAUCACAGCUGUCAUUUACCACAAGCACUCCUAAGCGACAGAGCCAGCAACUGGAAUCACUACAGCAGCAGGUCAAACAACUACAGAACCAGUUGGUGGAGACCAAGAAACAACACCAGGAGAUUGUGUCCGUUUACAGAAUGCAUUUGCUGUAUGCAGUUCAGGGCCAAAUGGAUGAAGACGUACAGAAAGUGCUAAAACAGAUCCUGACCAUGUGUAAAAGCCAGUCUCAGAAGAUGUAACAUCCCGGGACAAACACUCGCUACCACACUGCCUCCUAUUACAUAGCGAUCUAUCUAUGCUGGAUACCAGAUGAAUCCGUUCUUCUGUAUCAGAAAAUUACGUAUUUUAUAUUUUUUGAUAAAGAACCACCAUUUCCAAUCAACAUUUUUUGGGGACUGUUAGCAAGCUUAUAUAGUAGUCGACCAGGAACUCCUUCAAGUAGAGAAUGCAAUGAAAUGCUGCUUUGUCUUGGAUUAGUAAUCUUGUUUUGUAGCAGAUUGAUGGAUUGUGGGAACAUUAGAUUACUGGUCUGUCCUGUAACCUCUAGUAAUCAGUCCACCUCCAUUG